CGCUGUUUACCCCGUACUGUUGCCCGGAAACUGCGGUGGUCUGGCAGUGUGGCGAUCAAUGCGCACCGUGCCCUUUAGCCGACUUCGUCCGGCGAGCGCCGGGAGCAGCAAUCAAGCCCGCUAUUGACAGUCUGAAUGGCUGUCUGAUUACUGGCUUGCCCAUGGCAUGGCUAAAUAUACGUCGCACGCUGUCUCGUGUACUAUACUCCCACGCAUCCCGCCUUGGGCGAAAGAAAGUCCAGAGCUCGUUGGGUGCGUUUGCGAUUUCAAUGCGUCCCUGUAAACCGAUGUGUGGCGCCUGGAGCAAGCCUGCAAGCGCGGCUCAUCCCUGUGCGCCUUGAUGCAGACCGCACGGUGGCAUUGGCGUCGUGCUCCGCAUUUGUCCGCUCUCUGAGUGCGAGGAGCCAGCUGUACCAGUCAGUCACUAGGAAGCGACAGAACAUUAGGCGCUGUAUCCUUCUUAAGCCAUUGCGUAUUUUUCUCGCUAAAUGUGUAGAACAAUGCAGUCAUAAACCGCUUGAUAAUAAUUGAUGUUGUUGCCGGUCAGUGUUGUCAGGAGGCUGAGAGUGUUCUGUGAUCGACGAUAAUAAGAAAACGAGGACACAUCAUCACAUGGUGGUGAUGUAGUGGUCUUCCAAUGGCAAUGAUGACAAUGCCCAUAAAGAGCAUCCCUUCCAAGGGUCUCGCCACCUCUCCUCUCGCCUGCACCAUGGAGAGUUCGAGCAGCCGAAUGCAGCGCAACUUUGCUGAGAAGCAGCGGCGAGACAAGCUGAACAGCUACAUUAAUGAGCUGGCCAACAUUGUGCCCAUGGUCUCCAUGGCUUCCAAACGGCUGGACAAGACCAGCAUUCUCCGGCUCAGUGCAGCACACCUCCGCUUUUAUCAGACUGCGCUUGCCUCCGAACGAGGAAGAGUUACGAAGACCAAGUGGAGACCCAAGUUUCUGAGCACUGAUCACCUAAAAGAUCUCCUUGAAGUUGUCGAUGGCUUUGUGCUAGUCACCUCAACAACGGGCAAGAUUAUAUACAUUUCUCCAUCAGUGGAACGCUUUCUGGGCCAUCAGAAUAUUGAAAUGAUUGGUCACUCCAUCUUCACAUUCCUGCACUCCGCAGAUGUGCAGACCGUGCAUGACUGUUUUGAGUCACUGGUCAGAGGACCCAUGCAGCGCCGGGGCGACUGGGUCAGUUCGGAGCGAUGUUCUUUCUUCUGCCGCAUUCGUGAACGCAGCCAGCCUCGCUCCGAGGUGCUCACUUACCAGGUCAUCCAAGUGGUGGGCCACCUGACUGGGCCAGCCUCAGACAAUGCCGAUGGUCAGGGCUCUAAUUGCCUUUUCAAGACCUUCGUCCGGCUGGUCAACACCAAUCCAUACAAAGAGCUUUCCCUACGAGAGGCCUGCCAGGACGAGUAUGUCACACGACACAAACUCGAUGGCACCAUCAUUUUUGCGGACCACAGGCUGUCUACUCUGACGGGUCACCUUCCCCACGAGGUGUUGGGAGUGUCAGCCCACAAGUACCUGCACCCAAGUGACAUGGCCAUCGCCAUGUUUGCACAGAAACAAAUGUUCGCCAGCAACUCAGGGAAAGGUGUUGUUGUCUAUCGUUUGAGGACUCGCGACGAUUCGUUUAUUUUCCUCCGCUCUUCGGGCUAUCUGCAAUAUGACCAAGGCACCAUGCAGAUGGACCACUUUGUCUGUAUCAACACCCUGAUGACGGAAGAGGAAGGACAGCGAGAGCUGCAGACCUUCUUUGAGCGCUUCUCACCACACAUCACAGCCAUGUCUGUGCAAGAGCUGGGCGAGUUUUUCGCCUCGUACGCGGCUCGUCGCACAGCCAAGCUUGCUGGCUUCACUGAAGGCAGUGCCACCCAGAAUCCCCUGUCCCUGUCUCGGCUGGUGGAGCCCAACUUAUACCUGGGCUCGGACUGUCUAGUCAAGAUCAAGCGGGAGCCACAUGACCUGCAGAGUGAUGCCCUCAUCCAUGGUCCGGAGGCAGCACACAGUGCUUGGCAUUUGAGCCAAGAAUCGUCCUUUCAAGACUCAGUACGGCAAGACGAAGACGAUGACUGUGAAGACAUGUAGUGAUACAAGGACACACAGACGUGCUGUACAGACUUGCUCCCGUGCGCAUGUGGACACUUCACGAGGACGUCGCAGAACUGCAGCGCUGGAGUGCGUGUGCCAGUGCUUGUGUUUGUGUACCAGCCAUGGACAGAAGAAAACUGAUGGCCUGUGCAAUACAGUGCAGUGUGCAGUCUGGUCUGUGGAAGGGACCAAAGCAACAAGGCUGCUUCUGCUACUCCUGUGGGUGGUGGUAUACACACUUUUUCUCUCUAUCUGGAAGCUGCCACCACUGCUGUGCUCUGCCUCCUGUCGCCAUACUCCUCAAGGGGUCUAGCGGUCGAGACAAGGACAUUGGGGGGGAAACAGGCAGUAUGUUGCAUUGUGAGAUUUUUUUUUUUUCCUUUUUUUUUCCCUGGCCUUGUUCUUGUUUGCAUUUUGGGAAUUUUUUUUUUCUUAGUGUUAAUGCUCCUGUAUUUUUUUAUUCUCAAAUCUGUUGCUGCACAGGCAAUGUGAGAAUUGUUUUGUCCAAAGCAAUGUGUGCAACUCCCUGUUUUGCAGUGCAGAACAUUCUAGUCUUUCUCACAUGCUUCACCAUUGAUUUCUUUUUUUAUUAUUUUUUUCACCAACCCAUCAUCUCCAUCAGGAUGGCAGUGUCAAGUGCAGUCCUUAAAUGAAAGCCUUGAAGGAGCUAUUUUCAUAUUGUCUUGUUGGGAAGAUAACAAGAGAUAGAUAUAUAUAUAUAUAUACAUACAUAUAUAUAUACACACCUACAUAAUAUACUACCAGUGCUCAAUGAUUCGCGUUGUAGUCUUUGAAUGUAGUUUUAGAAUUGGACAAAGCUCAAAUCAGCCUGUGGUUGCAUUUACCAAGGAUCUCUGGCUUUGGUGUUAGAAAGUGUUUGGCAAUGCAUGACCAAUGAAUUAGUAAGCGGCAGCAGGCAAAGCAUAAUCUGGUGAUAUGUCUGUAUGUCUGAGCUUUCACCCACCCCCCAAACCUCAUUGCCUGGACACUUGAACAUUCGGCGUUGCUGCCAGUUAGAACCGGGACUUAGUGCAAAUCAUCGCAUCCCUCUUCUCCCUCUCCCAAUAGCGCCUUUUUACCACCUUUUUCUUCACCCAGCUGUUCUGUUUUUGUGUACAAAAAAGGGCAUGCAUGACAACAUAUUUAAUAUACAUGUCUCUAGUGCAAUCGGAGAGUGCUUGUAAAUGUGCUUGUGCAUCGUAACGGUGUGUGCCUUUGUUCCAGGCAAGCUGUGGUCGUCGCUCUUUUUUGUGUUUUUGGCGUCACGGCAUUGUUGUCCAGUAGAGUCAACUGGAAGUUUGUUUCUCCUUAGGCUUGUUGGCGGUUUUUUUGUUGGUUGGUUGACGGCAGAUGUUAGAAAUAUAAAUAACCAUUGAUAUGCCUCACUCACAAGUUGUUUGGGGCUCUUACAUGGCAGGACAAGCUUCUCUAGAUUAUUCUAUAUUUUAGGGCUCAAGCACUGCCGGGCAUUGCUUAAAGGGCCUUGUGCGGCACAAUCGUUACUUGAGGAGCACUAGAAACUCUUCACUUUUGAAGGAAAGAGAGAAAAAUAAAUGUGGCUAUUUUUUAUGAGUGCUUUUUGAGGUGGGUUAGUUUGUAGCCAAGAUAUCAAAAGGGCUGUUUGCGACUACUCGCUGCUGAACUGUCAUUGCUGAACUGUUAUCGAGCACUCCUUCACAGAGAAAGCUACGUGAAAGUGUCAAAACAAACAUGAGCAGAAGCUUUGUAGCUUGAUUUGAAGCCAUAGCGAGUCGUUUUUACUAUGGGUAGCGUACACUCAUUGGAAGGGUGCUACAUCACUGGAGCUUCUACAAAACACUGUUACCUUUUUGCGGCUUAUAAUUUUUAAACAUGUUGAUGUUUGGAAUUUUCUUAAAUGGAGUAUUCAUAUUGCACUUGUAACAUAUUUGUAUGUCCUUUUGCAGCAUGCCUGUGUGAUUGUAAGGCACAACUUGUUACCUGGCUCAAAUUUUCUUGUAAAGUCUAGUUGAAAGCAUGUUAAAUGUGUAUAAAAUGCCUUUGUGAUAUAUGACAGCCACUGUGUAGUUCAAAUGAAAAACAUUUGGAAUGUCACGUUAUGGUUUAUUUUCUGCUGAAUACAUGUAAUAUUGAAGGAUGUGUUUCUCAUGCCAAACCAUACUUAAAGGCUUUUUUUUUCUUAGUUAAAAAUUCAAACAGUACAAGUAUACCAGAGGCAUUUACAUUGUGAAAUUGGCUGUCAUGAAGGUGUGAAAUGUUAUGAUGUUGUGGUUAUUAAAUUUAACUGUUUACAUAGCUCCAAAAGGAA